CCAACCACCGGAAAGAGAGAAGAAGAAGAAGCACACACGAGGAAAAUCGAUCUCACUCUCUCUCUCUCUUCUCUCUCUCUCUCUUCUCUCUCUAUCGCUCCGCCGCGCCACCAUCACUGAGAUGCGGCGGCGUAAUUCUGGUGUGAAAGCGAUGAGGUUUCUCGCGUUACUUCUGAUCUGUUGUUUCUCUCUUGCUUUUUCCGCCGAGUCCGAUAUCGAGACUGACUCAGUUGUCACACGGGAGAUCAAUGGCACAGCCGCUGAGUCCAAUGCGACGAGCACGAAACCUAAGGAGGACAGUUUCGCUGAUAUGAUCGAUCGGGCACUUGAGAAGGAGUUCCCGGAGAAUGACCAGAAUGAAGUUCCUGAUCCAGGAAGCUUCAAUAAUAGUGUUGCUGAUCAGCAGGCCGUUCUGGAGACCGUUGCUCGAGUUAAGCCCAAGAAAAAUGAGACCAAGACCAAGGAGGAGAAAUCAUUCUUUAAUUUGGAUAGCGAGAAUGGCUUAGAAGAUACUCCGAGACUGAUAGAUAGGAAGGACAACAUUUUUAUCAUGUCCAAUCCAAAAUCCAAGUACCCUGUACUGCAGCUAGAUUUAAGGCUGAUAUCAGAUUUGGUCGUCGUCAUUGUUUCUGCUACUUGUGGUGGAAUUGCCUUUGCUUGUGCUGGUCAACCGGUGAUUACUGGGUAUCUAUUGGCUGGAUCUGUCAUUGGGCCGGGUGGGUUAAGCUUUGUUAGUGAAAUGGUGCAGGUUGAAACAGUAGCUCAGUUUGGUGUUAUCUUUCUCCUUUUUGCUUUAGGAUUAGAAUUUUCUGCAGCAAAGCUUCGUGUAGUUCGUGCAGUAGCUAUUCCAGGAGGUCUCCUUCAGAUAUUUUUGUUCAUGUGCUUGAGUGGGAUAACAGCCUCGUUAUGUGGUGGUAAACUAACAGAAGGAAUAUUCGUAGGUGCAUUUCUUUCGAUGUCAUCAACAGCGGUGGUUUUGAAAUUUUUAAUGGAAAGAAAUAGCAUAAGUGCUCUACAUGGCCAGAUAACCGUUGGAACUCUUAUCCUUCAGGACUGUGCUGUGGGUUUGCUUUUUGCUCUCCUUCCCGUUCUUGGUGGCACAUCUGGUGUCCUACAAGGAGUGUUGUCCAUGGCUAAAUCGUUGGCUAUUUUGAUUGCGUUUUUGGCUACUUUGUUUGUAUUGUCCCGUACCUGGGUACCUUGGUUUCUAAAACUUAUGACAAGCCUUUCUUCUCAGACUAACGAGCUCUACCAGUUGGCCGCUGUAGCAUUUUGCUUGCUUGUCGCUUGGUGUAGUGACAAGCUCGGUUUAAGCCUUGAGUUGGGUUCCUUUGCGGCAGGAGUGAUGAUCUCAACAACUGAUCUCGCCCAGCAUACUCUUGAACAAGUAAGAAGUCUCUUUCCAUUUUCUUUGGGCACUCUUAAUUUCAGAAGUGUCUUUACUGCGUAUAUACUAUUCGUGACUUCGUUCCCGUUCCUUUUGCAGGUGGAACCCAUCCGCAACUUUUUUGCAGCGCUAUUCCUUGCUAGUAUCGGCAUGUUAAUACAUAUGCACUUUUUGUGGAACCAUGUUGACAUUCUGCUAGCAGCCGUGUUACUGGUGAUAGUGAUAAAGACCGUGGUAGUGGCAGUCGUUGUUAAAGUCUUUGGAUACAAUAACAAAACUGCAGUACUUGUUGGAAUGUCCCUUGCACAAAUUGGAGAAUUUGCUUUUGUUCUGCUAAGUCGAGCAUCUAAUCUUCACCUAAUUGAGAGCAAACUGUACCUCCUGCUUCUUGGAACAACGGCUUUAAGCUUGGUAACAACACCAUUGCUAUUCAAGUUGAUACCAGCCGUUGUACAUUUAGGAGUUCUCUUACGGUGGUUCUCUCCCGACAGCUCAAGCGAGAUUGGUUUCAAAGGAGACUUGUAUCAUUCAGAGAGUGCAAAGCGUAUAUCUCUGAUGAUCCAAGGUUCUCUUCACGACUCUUGAUGAUGUUUCAGUAUAACACACGACAGUAUCAAGCCACAUCUGAUCUCAAGCUAGGGCACAGAGGUAGUGAUUGGGAACCGUCGUCGAUUGUGUUCCGGAUGUAUAGAUGUUUUGGAGAGUUCGGAGAAGAAAACCGAAGAGGAAAUUGUAUAAAAUCUCUACACGAAGAUAACUACAGAGACUUGUAACUUCGCUUCAUUUUUUUUUUUUUUGAAAUGUUUUGGGAUUCUUUAACUUUUUUGGGUAAAAAG